GGCCGAAGCGGACCAGAGUCAUAUGACCCGCGGGUCACGUGAUCGAGCCCCGGAAAGCGCUGGCGUGGGCCGAACGGUUCUCCUCCAGGCCGCCAGGUGGCGGUGGCCUCAGGAUCCGCCGCCUGAGCUGUGUCGUCAUACUGAGGCUGAGCGCCCGGUUCAAGCGCGUGCUUCUAGUGGCGUGGACGGGUGGCUCGUGCGCUGCUCUGCGCUGCUCUGCGCUGUCGGCGAUGGCGCUCUGCGGCCCCUGUACGGUGCGGCUCCGUGUGCUUUUCGACUACCCGCCGCCGGCGCUGCCCGACUGCCGCAUGUGCUGGGUGCUCGUGGACCUGAACCGGUGUCGCGUGGUGGCGGACCUCGCGAGCGUCAUCCGGGACAAGCUGGAGUUCAGCCGGGGGACGGUGUUGAACCUGUUCAUGGAGGACUGCUACCUGCCCCCCGUCGAGAGCGCGCACGUCGUCCGCGACAACGACACCAUCAGAGUGAAGGUGGAUCAUCUGCUGCCGCAGGAAAACGGCUGCGCCUCCGCGGGGGAGACCGACUCCGGGCCUCUGAGGAGCAGGAAGCGGAGGAGAGAGCCGCAGGAGGAGCCGCUGGAGGAGGAGGAGGAGAAGAAGAAGAGGAGGAGGAAAAAGAGCAAGAAGAGGCAGGUGGAGGAGCAGGUGGAGGCGACCAAGAAGAAAAAGAAGAAGAAGAAGAAGAAGCAGCGGAAGCGCAGCACAGAACAGGCAGCGGUGCCAGAGAAGCCGGCAUCUCUGGAGAAAGACCCCACGACGCUCGGCCCCGUUCCCGUCCGCAUGGCUGUGGCUCGCAAGAGAGUCUCCGGCUCCUCGGGGACGAGCAGCGGCGAAGAGGAACCUCCCAGAAAAAGCGCGUUGCGGCCGGGCGGCAUGGCCGGCGCCCCCGGGAAACAGGCCAAACCCGCGAGGCCCGCGGCCCCCCGCACGUCGGACUCCUCUUCUUCGGGCUCCUCCGACACCGCAGCGCCGCAGGAGGGCGAGGUUCUCCAGGCGUCCCGCAAAGACCCGUCGGCCGCUGCGGGUUCAAGCUCCGCUGCUCCCGCUCCCGGUCCCGCCGCUGCCGAGGGGAAGGGUCGCGGGGAGAGAGCCGAGAGCUCCAGCUCAGACAGCGGCGGCGAGACGGAGCUGGCGAUCAAGCGGCCGGACCCUGCGACGGCGCCGCUCAGGGGUUCCGGGAGGGGCGCCCAGCCGCCUAGGGGCGUGGGGAGAGGCGGCGUCGCAGCCGCAGCCGCUGGCAGGGGGGUCGGGCGCGGAAACGUGCGGGCACCGCAGAACGGGGGUGGCGGCAGGGGCGUUGGCAGGGGGAGCCGUGGGGCGGGGCGGGGGGCUCCUCUGCACAACGGUCCUCGCUUUCCCAGCCAGAACGGGCAGCGCCAACAGCGGCAGGACGAUAUCCUGACCAACCGCACCGUGGUUUUGCAGAACCCCCCGGCCAGCGCCCCGCGCAGAGACUACGCGUCUCUGCCUCUGCUGGCUGCGCCCCCGGCCGUGGGGCAGAGGAUCGCCUUCAAACUGCUGGAGCUCACUGAGAACUACACGCCGGAGGUGUCCGACUAUAAGGAAGGGAAGAUCACGGGUUUUGACCAGACCAACAACCAAGUGGAGCUGGAGCUGCUGUCAUCAGCACCAGCCCCAACGGAGCCGGGGAAGUUUGACCUCGUGUACCAGGCCCCGGACGGGUCAGAGGUCGUGGAGUACGCGGUCUGUCGCGGGUCCCAGCUGACGGAGCGCUGGGAGUCCCUCCUAGAGCCCAGGCUUCUGCUGGAGAACAUCACCUGAAGCAUGACCGGCAGCUAGCUGAUGAUCGGCACUGGGCUGAAGGACAUCAACACACUGAGAGAGAGAGAGACACACACACACACACACACACACACACACACACACACACACACAGUGACCCACAUUGACACAGUGGAAGGAUGGACUGUGCUUUUUCUGUGAGAGGAUCAAACUCAGGGUCUGCUGCUGGAAGACUGGCUCGUGGAGAAUGUGGUUUUAUUGUUUUGUGUUUUUAUAAGGUUGUUUAAUGUUCACUUUUAGUGAAAUAAAUAUUGUAUAAGAAACACUGACAGCUUUUGUCAGCUGUUCAUGUUGUGAUGCAUCUUAUGUUUAAAAAAAAAAAAAAAAACUUUUUUGUCAGUUAUUUCUGCUUAGAAUCAUUUAAUUUUAUUUUUCCAACACCAGUAAAAAGGCCUUGUAAAUAGUUAUAACAUUGUUAGUCAUGGUCCUGGUUUUUAAUUUGAUUUAAUUAAAUUGAAAUCCUGUGCCUUGCUCUUUAAACCUAACCACUGCCUUAGGCUGUUUAUUCCCCUCAUUUUCAUCAGUCCCUUGUCUUAUGCAUUCAUAAAUGUGGUUCUGAUUUAUUUUCUUUUCCUGUUGUAACUCACCGCAGUAGAGGUAACGGGGUAAAUUGUGUUCUCCUGCAGUAAAGUAAUAGGAAGCUACAUCAAAAUGAUUGUGUAUCUGUACGUUUAUUCAAAGC